CCCGCGACGCGUGGGCCGCGAAUAAGUCGCGUGCUCGUGCGGUGGUGACGGAGAAAGGGUCAGUCAAUAAAGGGGCAGGGGGUGCCGCUUUAUUUUUAGGGGUUCCGCGCGCGCGUGGAGCCUUUAUCCGGGGGGGUGAAACGCGGGGGGGGUGAAAAGGAAGCGGGAAGCGGGAAAAUGACCGCGCAUGGCGUGUCCGGACCCCGCGGCGUCGGGAGCGCUAUGCUCGACAAGAACGUCGAGAAGCUGCUCUCGGAGCCGUGGGGCGCGGCGAAGGUUGGCGUGCACUACACCAAAGAGGUCUUGGGGUCUCUUUGCGAGCAGUUCUCGCGACUCGAGCCGCAAGCGCGAAGGGGCGCGCUCCAGGGAACGUUGUUCAUGAGAAAAGGCCAAAGGUCGGGUCUGAACGACGAGGUCGAGGAUCUCGUCGCGGUCGCGACGGACGACAAAGACCAGUGGGCGAGCUUGAUCGCUCGCGCAUUAGGAGGGUUAAAGCAGCGCUUCGACUUGCAGCGGCUUCAGCAGGACGUUCCUGCGGUGAGUUACUCGCCGGAUCUCGAACGAACCCUAGCGCGGGAAUUCCGCGCGCAGUGAAUUUUCUCAUCCCCGUCUUCGGGGACGAACGAACGCUGAAAACAUCGAUCACCUUUCCUUCCUUUUCGUAAAGGUCGCGGACGCGCUCGCGUCAAUCAGGGAAAAGAUUCAAGUGGAAGGAACCCCGGACACUUACCGACCUCUGGAGGUGAACGUCUUUCCGUCUCGCAUCUCACACCGUUAGUUUACUAGCUAGCCUCGGUCUCGACUCGGACUCGACGCACGUUUCCCUCCCGAGGUCACACUCGGGGCUGCUCGCUCGUCGCGUGUGCGUCGUCGUUUCCGUCGUGUCCUAGUCGUCAUUGUCGAGAACCGUCAUUCAACGACGGUAUCCACGUUCCCUCUACGAACGUGCAC